UGGGCACAUUUAAAGCCAAACAGUUAAUUUAUGUUGUCAAUGAAAAGUGUGUCACUGGAUGGCUAAGCACAACUAACACCACCAACGGUGUAUUGAUUAAUCGACCGCCCUUCUCACCUGGUGAUUCUGUGUGGUUUGUCUCGUUCGAUUUAUUUUGUUAUGCUGAAAGAUUUUGCAGUACAAUCCAGAAAUUUCUUGACAUGCUGAUAGCAUAUAUAUAUAUGUAAAAGCAGAAAAACCAUAGGAUGCUAAUAGCAUCAGAUUCCCACCAAUUAUGUAGGCAGCAAUAGAAUCAAAUUUAAAUCGUGUCCAUCUCUAUUGCCUUGUUCACAUCCAUCCAGCCUAACUCCAAAGAAUUUCAUUAAGAAGCUGUCACCACUAUAUUUCCUACAGAAGAUUAUCUUGUAACACCUGGAACUUCCGGAAGGAUUCUCCGAAAACAACUAUGUUAAAAGAGACUGCUAUUUUCUCCUUUCCUGCUUUGGAUAGGGACAUUCCUUGAGAAAGGCAAUGCGAACCAAAUUUUACUUUAGCUGCAAAUUUAAAGAAUAUUCCAUUUCCACGAUCAAGAUGCAGAGUUCUAAAGUCUGAGUAAUCUAUGCUCUCUCUAAAGCAUCUGUAUGCUACGAGCAAACUAUAUUGUCAGAUGAUCUCAACCAUCUGAUAUCAUUUGAUUGAUCACUAACCGGCUGUCAUGUAUUAUGGAAAAAUAGAAUCAUGAUUGAACAUUUUUGGGCCAUUCGAUAUGCAUUAAAAAUUGGUUUUGAACCAAACUUUACUCUUCAUAGAAACAAUUAAGAAUUAAAUUAUUCGAAGGCAUAAUCAAUGGGGCAAUUUGGUGAUACCUGUGCCGACUUUGCUAAGCUUCAGUGGACUAAACAUAAAGGAAAUUAGGGGGUAGUUUCUCCCCAAUUCUGUUUCCUAAAUGGAGCCAAUAGCUGCAUGCAGGACCAGCAGGGUUUCCUCUUGUGAGAAGCUUGUGGCCAUAGGCUUGGGCCUUCUAGCUGUGGUUUCACCUCUGUUUAUUGAUCGGAGACCAGUCAGUGAAUCGGAACUUGAUGAGGAAUCCAUCAUACUUGCUUCUUGGGUACCUCUUCUGCUCUUGGUGCUGAUCUUGGCCACUGCUUUAUCGUUGUAUCUAGACAGGAGCUUUACCAGGUUUGAUCCUUAUUGGAUUCACAGAGCUGGUGGCUCUUCUGGUGGUAUCAUGGUAAUACUUGUGAUUCUUGCGUUGGUUUUGAAGUGUAGGGCGUCGGAUAUCAUUGAAGAACUGGGAAUAUUCAAUGAAACUGGAGCUUGAGCUGCUUCUGUGACAAUUUGACAACUCUCUGAUGUGCUUCGGCGACAAAAGUCAGCUUCUCAGUUUAUUCAGAGAAAACUUUCACUAUUUCCUUCCAUAAAUUACAGGAGGAAGUUCCUGUGAGUUGUUGUCAUUUCUUUUCAAAGAGCUAGCUACUUUAACUAGAAUUGCAUUGUGGGGUCUUAAUUUCUACAUUUGGAGAAAAGAAUAAUAAUUUUGUUGAUUUUUUGAGUAGAAAA